UCUUUUCCUUCUCGACAAGUUUAGAUCUAAGCCUAGUAAGUUUUAGAGUAUCUGAUUCUGAUUCUGAUUCGAAUAUCAACUUUCGUGAAUGGCGAAGGACAUCAACCUAAACUCUGUGUUAACAACCAUAACUCUGCUCUUAUUGUUAUGCUUCUCCAAUUUUAUGGUCCCUCAAACUGAGGCCGUAUGGUUAACCAUCCCCAGUUCGGGAACUAAGUGCAUAUCCGAGGAAAUCCAAACACACGUCGUCGUUUUAGCUGAUUACUAUGUUGUAGAGGAUGAAGUCAAGGGUCACCAACUUCCCACUAUUUCCGCCAAGGUGACAUCUCCUUAUGGAAAUAAUCUUCACCACAAUGAAAAUGUUACUCAUGGUCAGUUUGCAUUUACAACUGCGGAAAGUGGGAAUUACGUGGCGUGCUUUUGGAUGGAGAGUAAACAUCAAGAAGGUUCAGGAGGUCUCACAAUCAGCCUUGAAUGGAAAACUGGAAUUUCUGCUAAAGAUUGGGACUCUGUUGCAAAAAAAGAAAAGAUUGAGGGUGUUGAACUUGAGCUAAUGAAACUUGAAGGAGCUGUGGAAGCCAUCCGUGAUAAUCUAAUUUAUUUGAAGAAUAGGGAAGCGGAGAUGAGGGAAGUUAGUGAAGCAACGAAUGGUAGAGUCGCAUGGUUCAGUAUCAUUUCUCUUGGCGUCUGCAUUUUGACUUCGGUGUUGCAGCUGUGGUAUCUGAAGCGCUAUUUUCGGAAGAAGAAGCUCAUAUAGAUAUUGCUUUCUUAUGUCACUUACCAAUACCAAAUUGUUCUCUCAAGUUUUGGAGAAUCAAGGAUGAGUCCAUCGUUGUAUAGUUUUUCUUCUUGUGGAUCCUUCCAUUUAGUGGAUUACCCCUGCAAGGGGUUUGGUGAGCGUUACUUACAUAUAUGCAGUCAUGCAGAAAUUGAAGAGUUUGGUACUUUCUUGAACCUAAACGAAUGAUGGUGAUCGGUUUAGAUAAUUGAGAAUCUGCUAUGUCUAUGAACUCCUUCAUCAUGUACUUGGGAAAAGCAUUCACAAUUCAAAAUGUUUGUUGUAAUUGAUCUCCCAUGACUGGGAACUGAUAUGCCGUGUUUUAAAGAAGGGACAAGGUAAAU